CCCGCCAGCCGCCCGAGCGGAGCCGCCGCGGCCGGAGCCCGAUGCCGGGAGCUGGGCGCUGAGGGCGGCCCCGAGAUGGGGAUUCUCAGCAUCACGGACCAGCCUCCUCUGGUCCAAGCCAUCUUCAACCGGGAUAUUGAGGAGGUGCGGUCGUUGCUGAAUCAGAAGGAGAACAUUAAUGUCUUGGACCAAGAACGCCGAACGCCGCUACACGCUGCUGCCUACAUCGGAGAUGUCGCAAUCCUCGAGCUCCUCAUACUGUCAGGUGCUAACGUUAACGUGAAGGACACUGUUUGGCUCACGCCGCUACACCGCGCCGCGGCUUCUCGCAACGAGAAGGCACUUCACCUCCUGCUGAAGCACUCUGCUGAUGUCAAUGCCCGUGACAAGUAUUGGCAAACUCCUCUGCACGUGGCUGCUGCCAACAGAGCCACCAAGUGCGUGGAGGCCAUCAUCCCCCUGCUGAGCACCCUCAACGUCGCCGACCGCACGGGCCGCACGGCGCUGCACCACGCUGUGCACAGCGGGCACCUGGAGAUGGUGAACCUGCUGCUGAACAAAGGGGCCAGCCUGAGUACUUGUGACAAGAAGGACCGUCAGCCCAUCCACUGGGCAGCUUUCCUGGGGCAUUUGGAAGUUCUGAAGCUGCUGGUGGCCAGAGGAGCUGAUGUGAUGUGUAAGGACAAGAAGGGCUACACUCUGCUGCACACGGCGGCAGCCAGCGGCCAGAUCGAAGUCGUGCGUCACCUGCUGAGGUUGGGAGUUGAGAUCGAUGAAGCAAAUUCCUUUGGUAACACUGCACUUCACAUUGCCUGUUACAUGGGCCAAGAUGCUGUGGCCAAUGAGCUGGUCAAUUAUGGAGCCAAUGUCAAUCAGCCCAACGAGAAGGGCUUCACCCCUCUGCACUUUGCUGCCGUCUCCACCAACGGGGCCCUGUGCCUGGAGCUCCUCGUGAACAACGGGGCCGACGUCAACUUUCAGAGUAAGGAAGGGAAGAGCCCUUUGCACAUGGCAGCCAUUCACGGACGCUUCACACGCUCCCAGAUCCUCAUUCAGAAUGGCAGUGAGAUUGACUGUGCUGACAAACACGGCAAUACCCCCCUCCACGUUGCUGCUAGAUACGGCCACGAGCUGCUAAUUAGUACUUUGAUGACGAAUGGUGCUGACACUGCAAGGCGUGGGAUCCACGACAUGUUCCCUCUGCACUUAGCUGUUCUCUUUGGAUUCUCAGACUGUUGUCGUAAGCUACUUUCCUCAGGUCAGUUGUACAGUAUCGUCUCCUCGCUGAGCAAUGAGCACGUGCUGUCUGCAGGCUUCGAUAUCAACACGCCUGACAACCUCGGGAGGACUUGCCUCCAUGCUGCUGCUUCUGGAGGGAAUGUUGAAUGUCUUAAUUUGCUGUUGAGCAGCGGUGCUGACUUGAGGAGGAGAGAUAAAUUUGGAAGGACUCCACUGCACUACGCGGCUGCCAACGGCAGUUAUCAGUGUACGGUGACGCUGGUGACGGCAGGAGCCAGUAUUAACGAGGCUGACUGCAAAGGCUGUACCCCCUUACACUAUGCUGCUGCUUCAGACACGUACAGGAGAGCAGAGACUCAUUCAGGAAACAGCCAUGACACUGACGAGGAGCCACUGAAGGAGUCCAGGCUGAAGGAAGCAUUCUUUUGUUUAGAGUUCUUGCUGGAUAAUGGUGCUGACCCAUCCCUCCGGGACAAGCAGGGAUACACCGCGGUCCACUACGCAGCUGCGUACGGCAACAGGCAGAACCUGGAACUGCUCCUGGAAAUGUCUUUUAAUUGCCUGGAGGAUGUGGAAAGCACCAUUCCAGUCAGCCCUUUGCACUUAGCUGCCUAUAAUGGUCACUGUGAAGCCCUAAAGACACUUGCUGAAACCCUCGUGAACCUCGACGUGCGGGACCACAAGGGACGGACGGCGUUGUACCUGGCCACGGAGAGAGGCUCCACGGAGUGUGUGGAGGUGCUCACCAGCCAUGGAGCAUCUGCUCUGGUGAAGGAGAGGAAGAGAAAGUGGACUCCUCUCCAUGCUGCAGCUGCCAACGGGAACACUGAUUCCCUGCACCUCCUGAUCGACAGCGGGGAGCGAGCCGACAUCACCGACGUCAUGGACAUCCACGGCCAAACCCCACUGAUGCUGGCCAUCAUGAACGGCCACGUGGACUGUGUCCACCUGCUGCUGGAGAAGGGAUCCACGGCCGACGCCGCCGACAAGAGGGGCCGCACCGCCCUGCACCGAGGGGCUGUGACAGGCUGUGAGGAUUGCCUGGCUGCCCUCCUGGACCACGAUGCCUUCGUUCUGUGUCGGGAUUUCAAAGGCCGGACCCCGAUUCACUUUGCGUCGGCCUGUGGGCACUUGGAGAUCCUGAGGACUCUGCUGCAGGCUGCCCUCUCCACAGACCCUCUGGACUCUGUGGUGGAUUACAGUGGUUACUCACCAAUGCACUGGGCUUCAUACAGUGGGCAUGAAGAUUGUCUUGAAUUGUUACUUGAACACAACCCGUUUGCGUACUUAGAAGGAAACCCCUUUACUCCAUUGCACUGUGCAGUAAUUAACAACCAGGAUGGCACUGCUGAAAUGCUGGUGGAAGCAUUAGGUGCCAAGAUUGUUAAUAGCAGAGAUGCCAAAGGAAGGACACCCCUUCACGCUGCUGCCUUUGCAGACAACAUCCAUGGUUUACAGCUGCUCCUGCGCCACCAAGCUGAGGUGGACACCACAGACAAGCUGGGGAGGACUCCCCUCAUGAUGGCUUCUGAGAAUGGGCACACUGCAGCAGUUGAGUUCCUGCUGUACCAAGCAAAAGCAAAUAUAACUGUGCUGGAUGUCAACAAGAACACAGCUCUUCACCUGGCCUGCAGCAAGGGUCAUGAAAAGUGUGCCUUGUUGAUCCUGGGGGAAACCCAAGACCUUGGCCUUAUCAAUGCAAGUAACAGUGCUCUGCAGAUGCCACUCCACAUCGCAGCUCGCAACGGACUGGCCUCUGUCGUCCAGGCCCUGCUCAGCAGAGGGGCCACUGUGCUGGCUGUGGAUGAAGAAGGUCAUACCCCAGCCUUGGCAUGCGCUCCCAACAAGGACGUAGCCGACUGCCUGGCACUUAUCCUCUCCACCAUGAAGCCUUUCCCACCUAAAGACGCCAUCAGCUCUUUCAGCUUCAACCUCCUCAAGAACUGCGGCAUCGCGGCCAAGACGGCGGCGUGCGGGGCCCUCCCCAACGGCAGCAGCUGCCCCUACGGCAAGGAGCGGCACAGCGCCAUCGGCCUGGACGGCUGCUACUCCGAGUAGCUUCAGCUAUGGGUGACCUGAUAUCUUAUUAUAUUUAUUUAGAAACUCUAUAAAUAUAGGGCACUUUAAAGGAGAACAAGACUGGGCAGAGAGCGGCCUAGAGCCGGGGUGAGGCCUAGAGCGGGCCGGGGUGAGGCCUAGAGCAGGCCGGGGUGAGGCCUAGAGCAGGCCGGGGUAGGCCUCAAGAGUUCAGAGCUUCCUCUUUAACUCGCCAGGUGAGGUGCUAAAGCUUGUUAAUGGGGUUUCAUGAGCAGCUGGUAGUGCCCUUCCCAUCUUUACCCUGGUUUAAUGAGCAGCUGGCAGUGCCCUUCCCAUCCCCUGCCCCUUCAAUCCGAGGGCGGGCGUGAGGCGGGCACCAGGGUCAGGGUGAGAAGGGUGUUUUGUCCCCUCAGCCGCUUUGAAAUGGAUUCUGGCACUUCCCAGCACCAGUUUGUCCCCUGGCUCUGUCCCAUCCAGCUGGGAAGGGGAAGCCUGAACUCUUUGGUGAGGGUUUUGGGGUGGGGAGGGUCUUUGGGGUGGGUUUUAGCUCCCGGCCAAGUGCCGCCGUUCAACUGCUCCUCUCUCACCAUCACUUUGAUUUCCUCACCCUCCUCCUUUUCGAUUCCAAUACGUAAAACACUUGAAUGAAGAUCUACUGUAGCUUGGGGACACUAAAAACCAGAAAGAUCCUGUUGGCAGCUGUCAUUUUAUAUGCAAAAACGGGUGCUGCUGCCCAAACCCAGCUGCUGGAGCCUCCUCCCCCACACCAGGCACUUUAGGGAUUCUGUUCCUCGCUCCAUGGCUUUUGUUGGGUUUCCCUUUGUUGUUUGGGGUUGUUGUUUUGUUCUUUACCUCUUGGCCAAGCUGUGGGAUCCUAAAGAAACAAGUUGUGUUUGGGAUCUGUGUUGCCACCCCCCUGCCAGGGUCAGUGUUGCUUUUUGGGUUAUUUAUAACUUAACAAACAAAAACAAACCACCCCAUUCUGAAAGUUUUUGCCUUUUAACAAGUUAAAAUGCACUUCAGAGUCCUUAUUCCCAGCCCUGAGUACGUCUGUGUUUAGUUUCAUCGUGGCAGAUUUCUGGUGAGCCCACCAUCCUUUGUUUGGGUGGGUUUUUGUUGUUGUUGUUGUUGUUGUUGUUGUUCUGGGUUUUUCUUGAGAUGUUUAGGAAUCAUAUUUAUAAGGAACCAUAGGAGAACAGUUGCACUGUUGUGGCUUUUUGUUUGCCCCUUGGGUUUGGGUUUAUUGGUUGGGGUUUUCUUUUCCUUCUGAAUUACUGUAACAGUAUAAUGUGCAAAAAGAGACCCCCCAGCACCCCCAGCACCCCCCAACCUCUUCUUCCAUAUCACCAGUCUGUUCAAAGCCAAAGACUUGGGAGGCAGAGAACGAGAACAGGCUUGAUAGGGCAGCAGGAUUUCAGGAGCCAUCUUCUCCCCUCACCUCUUUUUCCUUCUGACUCCUUGGGAACACAGUGACCUGAGGCUCUCACCAGAGAGAUGUCCCAGGGUUGAUCCCUUCAGGGGGACACAAGGAUCCUUCUCUCCCCUCCAGCCCUCGGCUCACUGGUGAGGCCUCGCUGCAGCUCUUCUGCCCCGGUGUUUCAGAGAGGAAAAAGCAUCUCUGGAACCAAAACAAGUUACUGCUCUGUUCUUUAAUGAUUGUUACGAUUCUUUUGUGUGUUUUGAAACGAAGGUGGCUCCUCUUGGGGUGGUGUGUGUCGGGCUGAGAGCCGUGCCCGGGGGACAGGGUGCUGCUGGCAGCCCAGCGACAUUUCACCCCCCUCCUCACACUCUUUCUUUCUUUUUUUGAACCAAAGCCAAACUCUUUAGAACCAAAUAUGAAGUUUCAGUCUUGGCCUUUGGGUGAGAAGCACAUUUUUCUUCAUGUUUCAUGUAGGGAGGUGGGGCUUUUUGCCCCCUCCCUUGAAGGGGAGAGGGAUGGGGGACCCACCGCUCGGGUCUCCCCGGCUCCUCCCCAGCACGCACUUCCUUCAGUAAAAGCACUUGAGACGUUUGCCCUCGGUGAGGGGCUGGAGCAGGAGCGCUGGGUGGUCCCUGGAGGGCUUCUCCAGCUGCUCCAGAGGGGUUCUUCCCUUUUUUUGGGCCAGUGGGGCCCUUGUCCCCAGCCCAUCACAUCUCCCCUUCCACCCCCCAACCUUUUAGCUUGAAAGAAAGUGUUGAACCUUUCUGCACCGAGUACCUCAGUUCAGAACCAGAAUAAACUCAACAAAACUUGAAUCAAAAGUUGCUUUUUUUUUUCUUUUGAAGAUCCUUUUCAGUAUUCUACAGAGGAGAACUGGAAAAAAAGAGACUUGUUUACAUUGCUGUCGAGUCCGCACUUGCCUCCUGCAGCUCUUUCCCUUGCUGAGAGGAAUUUAGGCAUCACUUGAUCUCUUCUUCUCGCUGCUGGCCCUCACCCUCCUCAACAGGGGUAGGAAUCAAAGUGGGUCCAAAGUCCUGAGCUGUUGUCUUCAAGGGCUAAAGUACUUCUUUUCAGGCACACGGAAGGGGCCGAGCCGGGCCAGGCCUCAGCCCGUGGCCGCCCAGGCAGCACUUCCCGAGGUCCGAGGUGGGUUUGGAGCAGGGCCCUGAUGGCUCCAUCCCCUUUGGCUCUCCCAAAGGCACUUGAGGGGAGGUUGUGAGGCAGCAGCAUGCCCCUCAUGCCUCCUCGCUGCUGUGUGGCUUCAGCAUCGCUGGCAGUGGGGACAGGGCUCCAGCACCAUUUCACUUGAAGGCUUUUUCCUGUCGCCAGGUGAAGCACGUUCCUUAGAGCACAUGGAAAAUGCUGCUUUCCCUCCCCCCAACACCCCCCUCCUUUCUUUUCUUUGCCUAUUACAGUGAGGUUUCUUUCAGUUUCUUUCUUUAGAGAAGACAACUGCUCUCUCUUAGGCCUUGUGUUGAUGUGUUGUCCCUCCACGACGAGACAAUCGAUGUGAUCUCUGUUUAAGGGCUUCUCCAUCUCUUCUCUGCAGCACCACGCUCGAGGUUUAUCUCUGUGUGUGUGUGUGUGUUUGUGUGUGUUCUUUGCUCUUAGUGUGAGGAUCUUUCCCUUCUCCUUUCCCCCUCCCCUUGUGUCUUAAUAAUAAUAGCAAUGAUGAUAAUAAUAGAGAUGGAGGGAACUGAGGUUUCAGCAGCUCAUCCGCAGGCCGGGAGCGGAGGGUGGGGA